UUUUGCCGAAGGGUGACUCGAAGGGCGAGGGGUAUCGACCGUUGUGCGUCUCGCUCAGACGGUGAACGCGCGCCGGCGAUGCCACACGCGCCGCGCGAAACAUGUCCAAGCCGCUACCGAAAUGUGCUGGCGCCAGGUCUCAAAACUACAAAAGACUGUGCUCAUAGUGCUUUUCUACUUUACCGUGUACGUUCUAGUGUCGUAUUCCUUGUCGCCGGACACUAAUUUUGCGUUCGUAAGCGACGAUUUGCGAGUCGGGGAUAAAUAUGCGUUGAUUUAUCUGGUUUCGCCUCGGAGUCCCGUUUUUGCUGACGCGGAGGGAGCGAAUGUUUUCAAGAGUCGCCGCUGCGGACAGUGUUUCAUCACCAACAACAGGGGGUUUUUGCCGAUGAGCGAGUACGAUGCCAUACUUGUGCUCGGAGACCGCAGCUUGCUGUACGAGACCUCGGCUUUCAUGGAUCCUGGGAAGAGGUUUUUGAUAGAGACGAGCAGAAAAUGCGUUAAUGAGAAGCUGCGAGGAUGCAACUGGGAACCUAGGAUCACCUCGUUCGGAGACAACAAGCCGUAUGACCUGUGCAGUCUCUGCGAACAUCUACAUAGAAAGCGCCUUAAACCAAACAGUUAGAAUCUCUUCAUGUGAUAAUAGGUAAACUAAUUAAUUUUAGGCUCAAACAGAUGCCUUGCUAGGGUAGUCAGGCGGCCGCCUGCCAAAAUAUUCAAGUUUUCUAAAAUAUACCUAGUUAUAUCUCAAAUACUAUGGUGCUUAGUUUUCAAGAUUGUACUGAAUCUGGGCAGAAAUC